AUGGCUCACGAGCUUGAGGCGACGUUCAGAGAACUGGGGAUUUCCCAGUACCUGGACGCUUUCGUGGACCAGGGGUUUGACACAUGGGAUACCAUCCUCGAUAUUCAGGAAUCGGAUCUUGAUGCCCUGGGCGUGAAAUUAGGCCAUCGAAGAAAACUUCAACGCCGCAUCGCAAACGCUCGUGGCCUUGCUCCUAGCAUCUCCUUGUCCAACAAGCAGAACACAAAUGAUGGCAAGAGAGAAGGUUCACGCGCGGCAUGCGACCGGAGCGAGCCCGGCGCAGACGGAUCUACCGCCGUCAAGCGCAAAUAUCGCCGGCACCCAAAGCCUGAUGAGAAUGCACCUGAGCGGCCACCAUCUGCCUACGUGCUCUUUUCCAAUAAAAUGAGGGACGACCUCAAGGGCCACAACCUGACCUUCACAGAAAUCGCCAAGCUGGUCGGCGAGAACUGGCAGAGCCUCCCACCCCAUGACAAGGAGGCUUAUGAAAGCCAAGCCAACGCUGCCAAGGAGAAGUACCACCGCGACCUGGCCCAGUACAAGAAAACACCAGAGUACCGAAAAUACCAGGUUUAUUUGCAAGACUUCAAGGAGAAGCAAGCCAAGCAGAGUCAAGAUGCGAACAAGAGAUCGAGGGUAGAGCCAACGAGGCUCCGCCACGGCAGUACUAGCAGCAGCGCAGCAACGGGGACCACCAUGUCGAGCAGCAGUGGCAUCAGCACGAGGGGCAGUGGAAGUAGCAGCGAGCGCAUAAACGGGAGCGAACCGCCACCUACGCGGCAGGAGAGGGUCAACUCGUUGGGUUCUAUGUCGCAUAACGGGCACGAGAUGCAGCCGUCGCCCAGGACCGCCAACUUUGACUUCAACACCCCCAACGGGCGGAAUGGAGGUCGGCAGAACCUACCCUCGCUCUCAGACAUGCUGGAAGACGGGGAGACAGCGGUAUUACCGGCACCAGGAAGUGGGAGUGGUUACACGACAUCCGGCUUUGUGCCCGCGAAUGGCCGGCGUCCUAUGCCAGAAGCACAUCGAGUGCCAUUGUUGCGUCACCAGCAAUCGUCGACGGACAGCAGUGUUUCCGCCGGAUCGACCAGUUCAAUGAGCAGUUAUGGGCGCGCAUCGGGUGACGGCUCUCUACCUAUCCACGCACUUCUGUCGAACCGAUCAGGAGCUGCGCACCCGCCCAUGCCCGACCACAACUCGUCGCCUACCUUCAGCACCGCGUCGAGCCCGACCUAUACAGCUGGACCCCGAGGGUACGGGUUUCAAUCCGCGCCGUCUGCGCUCCAACACUUGAAGAUUGAGGAAGCCAAUGGUGGUGAUGUUGUGAUGACGUCGCCGACCCCUUCCGGCGCUGCCCCCAAAGAUUCUGGCAAGGACAACCUGGACGGGAUGAGCGCUCUCCUCAGGGCUGGCGAAAUCGUUGGACGCAGGACAUCCGACUAG